CGUGUUCAACGACGCGAGUGCACCGUCUUGCGUCCACCAAAAUCGACGAGCGUCGAUUUUUUGGAAGCAUCAAUCAUCUCGAACAAUUGGAGUGGAUCGAUCGAGGUGAAAGGAAAAAGGGAAAAAGAAGAAAGGGCGAGUCGAGUUUCGUUCCUUCGCCAUACCAUUUUCGCUGGUAAUUGAUGCUUCGAAUAUUGGAAAUACUUUUAUUCUGAUUCCGAGAAUAAGGUGUCGGGGGAAAGGAGGAUGAAUAGAACGGUGCAUUACGCGUUGGUGGCGUUCUGGGAGAAGUCGGGGUGCAAGAUCGUGGCCGAUUACCCGGCGAAGCAGGAUCCAGCUUACAGGGAGAUCGCUUUGAGCACGGUCGAUGGACUAAAGUCGGUGGAGAACGACAAGAUCAGCUUCGAUCGGGGCAAGUACACGGUACACGUGCUCAUCGGUGAACUUCACUACGCCUGUCUGACCCUGAAACCGGAUUGCCCUUCGUCAGCAGCCAAGCUGGAAUCUUGUUCCCAGGUGUUUCUGGAGAGGUUGAGAAACAUUUACAAAGAGCUUCCUAUCCUGGCCGAUCUGACGAGAGAUCUAACCAGUUUGACUAUCAUCGAUCUCUCGAAACCUCUGAAAAAGAUAGUGGAUGAAUACAAUCAACAUAAUACCGACGUGAUACCAAGAUUGGAAGGAGAACUGGCGGAAAUUCGCGAAACAUUGAUGGACGGGGUUCAGAAAUUGAUCGACAGAGGCGAGAGGCUUGACGAACUCGUUCGAAAGACUCAGAGCUUGCAAAUUAUGUCAAAGGAUUUUCACGUAUUGGCAAGAACGAACAAGAAGAGGAAGAACGCCAUUAUGGCGGCGAUGACGGUGACGUUUAUGUUUCUCUCCACGACCCUCUUCGUGUUUCUACUCUACGUAGGGAUUCUCUGAAAAAUUGUUAUUAUUAUUAUUAUUAAACGUAACGCAUAAGAUUUUCUGAGAUAUACGAGAAAAUAAAUAAUUUAUUA